GCGAUAGCGCCGUGUGUGGUUACCGGGGGAACGCGAGAUUGGAAAGUUGUCUCCUUCUUCUUUCCUCCAGAGAAAUAAACACCGGAGUUGUAUCGAUACAUUUGGGCUUCACUAAUAAAUAUAAACAUGCGCGUUGCAGCGUCGCCAUCGGAGCCGUAAUGUGGAGUCGUAUCUACGCAUUUGAUUCUGCCGUUCGUUCACUAUAAGGUGCGUUUGACAGAGAGUAAUUAGUCAACAAAAUGCCAUCUCCACAAGUCCUCCAACCGGUUCUCAAGAUGAAAGUGGACGAGCUGUUUCUCAACUGGCUGAGUGAUCCCGCGACCCAGUCACUGCUCAAAGAUUACCUUGACCUCAUCAAAAGUGGACAGCACAUUGAUAUGGGCGUCGGGGAUGCCCAAGACAAAAGGUCACUGAGCUUCAAUGAGAACAACAACGUGGCGUCCCAGAAGAACCUGGCGGACAAAAGGCCUGCUCAUCUCAGCACUCCCUCCAGUUCUGCCAGCGCCCUGCCAUCACGCAGCAGCAGUAACACUAGACUGACGGGACCCAAUGGCAGAGUACUUCGGAGGUCUGUCAGCACAAAGAAGGCCCAGGUGAGGACGGAGGAGCCAGUCACCACAGCAUUGAGUGAAAGCAUUCCCAAGUUUUACUUCCCACAGGGCCGGCCCCAAGCCAACCUCAACGUCGACAGCCUCAUUUCCAAAAUUGAGAAAAUAUUUUCCCAAUUCCCAAAUGAAAGGGCCACCAUUGAGGACAUGGGGCAGGUUGCCAAGGCCUGCGAGUGUCCCCUCUACUGGAAAGUGCCAUUGUUCAUCUCAGCUGGAGGCGACAGGACGGGCUUCGUGUCCGUACACAAGUUUGUGGCUAUGUGGAGAAAAACUCUGCAGACCUGUCACGAUGAUGCUUCUAAAUUCGUGCACCUCUUGGCCAAGCCCGGCUGUAAUUACCUGGAACAAGACGACUUUAUUCCAUUCCUGCAGGAUGUGGUGAACUCACACGCAGGCCUGGCAUUUCUAAAAGAGGCGCCGGACUUUCACUCACGAUACAUCACCACGGUGGUUCAGAGGAUAUUUUACAAUGUGAACCGGUCGUGGACUGGGAAAAUAACAGGUUCAGAGCUCAGGAAAAGUAACUUUCUUCAGAAUGUGGCGUUGCUGGAGCAGGAAGAAGAUGUGAACCAGCUGACAGAGUUCUUCUCCUAUGAACAUUUCUACGUCAUCUACUGCAAGUUCUGGGAGCUGGACAGUGACCAUGACCUGUACAUCGACCAGAAGGACCUGGCGCGGCACAAUGACCAAGCCAUCUCGCAUAAGAUGAUUGAGAGGAUAUUCUCAGGAACAGUAACGAGGGACAGACGGGUGUAUAAAGAGGGACGGCUCAGUUAUGCCGAUUUUGUCUGGUUCCUCAUCUCCGAGGAAGACAAGAAAACCGACACCAGUAUCGAGUACUGGUUCCGCUGCAUGGACCUGGAUGGAGACGGGGUGCUCAGCAUGUACGAGCUGGAGUACUUCUACGAGGAGCAGUGUCAGAAGCUGGAGUCCAUGGCUAUCGAGCCCCUUCCCUUCGAGGACUGCCUCUGCCAAAUGCUCGACCUCGUCAAGCCCGAGGUCGAAGGUAAGAUCACCCUGCGCGACCUUAAGAGGUGCAAGCUGUCCCACAUUUUCUUUGACACUUUCUUCAACAUCGAGAAGUACCUGGACCACGAGCAGAAGGAUCCUUUCUCUGUUAUACGGGAGGCGGAGACAGACGGCCAGGAGGUCUCAGACUGGGAGAAAUAUGCAGCAGAGGAGUACGACAUACUGGUGGCCGAGGAGGCUGCCAACGAUCAGUGUAACGAUGUGUAUGAAAAUCCUCUGAGCCCGUUAGGGCAGCACAUCUCCAGUGAGCUGGGUCUGACCAAGAGACACUUCUUUGAGAUCCCCAGUCCGCACUGCAACCUGGACCUGGACGAGUACGAGUACGAAGACGACUUUGAAUGAUGCUUGAUGUGUUGCCGUUUGUUUUUGUUUGUUUGUUUGUUUUCUUUUCUGUUUUCCCACAAACCUGCUGAUCAGCCUCCGCCCCCAGAAGUCGAAGAGCUUGUGUCGGUGGUUGAAUCACGUGGACUCGAGAUCACAAGAUCUGGACACACUUCACUAAACAGAGUAAACAGAAAACCAGAGGACUCAGCUGAAGCUCUGAACAGUUGGAGAAACGGACUUUUUAUCACACAUUUGACAAACGGGAAAUAAAAAUAUCUCUCGGUGCAGACGGUACAUGUUUUUAUAUAUAUAUAUAUAUUUGUUUUUCACACUUCACCACAAGCAGCAUGUCUUUUUUUUGGCCUUUGCUCCCUCCACGCGAAAUAACAGGCUGUUUUUCUGCAUGUAAUCUUUCGCGUCAAUAAUGUUCGGAGUUUUUUUUUCUUUCACCCGUGUCGUGUGAUCAUGAGCCGCGUCUCUUAAAACACCGGAGCUCCCCGAGUCGUCGGGCAGAAAACCACACGCCGGGUGUCGGACUUAUUGGCUGACGUCACAUUCCUAACGAAGGGAUUUCUGCGAGUCGGAAAGUUGCUGUAAAUGCCAAAACGAAGCCACCGUUGAGCCUUCUGGAGACACAAGCACACACUUCACACACACACAGCGUUUGUUGUACAGGUCUAUCUAUAUUAAAGAGUUUAAUGUAUGUGUGACAUGGGCUUAUAUAUAAAUUAUUAGAGAUGAAUUUAUAAGUGACUGUAAAUAUUUAUUUUGUGCUUGCUGUGUUGUAAAUGAUUUGGGCAAGUGUUUUUUUUUUUUUUUCUAAGUCACAAAGUGCGUAUAAAUUGAACGUGCUUUGACAAAAACAAACAAAAGGAACCAUUUUAAGAUGUUUUGCUUUUUGUUAAAUUAAUAAUAAAGCCUUAGUCAACGGAGUAAAAUGUGCGGUGUCAUGUGGUGCAUCCGGUUAGAGCUACUUUUGAUAUGUUCACUGCUAGAGUUUAUGUACCGCAGGUGAAAACAAAAA